AUGGGUGUUGAUAUGGUAUUUUAUGUAUUAGAAUUGUGUGAUGAUACGUUUAAUCCAGUCGUAUCAGGAAAAGUUUUACUGAAAUUUUCUGACUGUGAGGAUCUACCUAUUGUUUUUGGUCACUGCAAUGUGAAUGAAAUUGUCUUUGCAUUUUUUAACUUCUGUGACAAAAGCACUUUUGUUGACAACGCAUCUCAGUACAACCUUACGUUUGAAAAAAUUAUUGUUGGCAAACAUGGUUAUUCCAUGGAGAAGUGUGACAAUGGCACUAUGAAUGGUGGUGCUCCCAAAGCAACUCGGCUGUGCACUAGAAAAAAUGGAGUUCCUGUUCUUGAACUUCCAAGUGUAUUGAAUUGCAAUGCGACCCUGGUUGGCCUAUCAGAAAAGAUACAGUUUACCAAUGAGACUGCACCAACAGAAAUUUUGAACAUUGCCACCGACACACAGAUUCUCACUUCCAGCCCAGAACAACUCAACAGUGCAGAUAUUUCUAUAGCUGCUUCAAUUGCAGAAAAGAUUCUCAAUCUGUCCAACAGCAAUGUGCCUGGUGAGGCGAUGGUUGCCGCAGUGACUACAGUAAGCCAGCUUUUGGAUGCCAACAAGACUGAAUUUAGUUCAUCUGAUAAAAAUCUCACAAGUUCUAUAACAAGGUAA